AUGAUACUAUUGCCAUUCAGACUAUUUGGAUUGAUGCCAGCAUUGCAGUACACUCCUCCUAAGCUCCGCCAUGUCCACGAGGAUCUCUCCGUACGAUAUCUUGGUGGCUUGGAUGACCGGGCUGUGCUCGGUGAGCCAGCUGAUCAACGGGCUUUUGAGGAAACGCUAACAAAGGAGAGCGGGACCUUCACCGUUGAUGACGCUGUAGAAGCACUUGGAUUUGGGCGAUUUCAACUAAAGCUGAGUCUUCUGGUUGGUAUCGCUUGGAUGGCCGAUGCUAUGGAGAUGAUGCUACUCUCAUUACUUCCACCAGCACUUGCUUGUGAAUGGAAUGUGACCCCUUUUCAACAGGCGCUGGUAACCACUUGUGUUUUUAGCGGAAUGGUGCUCAGUAGCACGUUUUGGGGCAAAAUAUGCGACAGAUUUGGUCGACGGGUGGGUUUGGUGGCCUCUACAUUAGUGGCUUCGUUGACUGGAGCUUUAAGUGCAUUUUCACCACAUUUCUAUGUGUUUCUGGUUUUCCGAGGUCUUACUGGAUUUGGCAUUGGUGGCGUGCCCCAGUCUGUCACUCUUUAUGCCGAAUUCCUUCCGAAUCAACAAAGAGCCAAAUGCGUGGUCUUGAUGGAAUCUUUCUGGGCCAUUGGAUCAGCUUUCGAAGCCCUGCUAGCCUACUUGGUGAUGGCUUCAUGGGGAUGGAGGGCGCUUGUGGUCCUAUCAUCGCUGCCUUUGGGCAUGUUUGGACUUCUUUCAUUUUGGCUUCCUGAGUCAGCACGUUUCGAAAUGGCCUGCGGUCGAACAGAAAAAGCACUGACAACGUUACAAAGGGCGGCGAAAGAGAAUCGAGCUAAACUACCGGAUGGAAGACUUGUUGCACCCAUUUCUCAAUCUACUGAACAACGUGGAGAUAUCUCAAAUCUCCUCUCACGUGAUUACCGUACCACCACGCUGCUUCUGUGGCUUAUCUGGGCAGUAGAUGAAUUUUCCUACAAUGGCAUGGUGCUGUUCACUACUGUACUCUUCCAAUCCCACGACGAAUGCCAUGGUGGUCUCUUCUCAAAUGGGACGCACUUGGAAACUUGCCGGCCAUUGACUCGAAAAGAUUACUUUGAUCUACUUUCCACAACUAUGGCUGAGUUUCCAGGUCUGAUUAUUACUGUACUUAUCAUUGAGUAUUUGGGUAGGAAAAAAGCGAUGGCAUUAGAAUUUGCCGUCUUUUCCUUAUUCACUUAUGCGCUGUAUUUUUGCUUGGACAGGUUUACUGUAACGGCACUAAUAUUUGUCGCUCGAGCUUUCAUAUCAGGCGCUUUCCAAUGCGCUUAUGUGUACACGCCAGAGGUCUAUCCAACAACUUUGCGAGCAGUCGGUCUUGGAGCCUCAUUAGCUAUGGGACGAAUCGGCGCCAUCGUGACACCUUUUGUAGCACAGAUGGCAUCAGGAACAUCGCUGUCGCUUCCUAUUGGAAUCUAUGGUACUACAUCGCUGUUGGGCUUGAUUGCAUCCUUAGCGCUUCCCAUAGAAACGGGAGGAAGAAAGAUGCAGGAUACGCAAUGAAACCUCCACAUGUUCGCUGUUUUCUCCGAAAGAGACAUCUUUGCCACAUCAAGACUAUGAUGGUCGCCGUUGCAUAUUUCCAUGCGUGGCUGUGUAAUUUUAGUUCAUUCUGAUCCAUCUUAACCUUUUCAUACUCUCAGAAGUUAUCUAUAAUUAAGAUUAUUCAC